AUGCUGUUACAAGUACUAGUGUCAUUUGAGGAUGUGGCUGUGGACUUCACCUGGGAGGAGUGGCAGGACCUGGAUGAUACUCAGAGGACUCUGCACAGGGACCCGAUGUUGGAGACCUACAGUUCCCUGAUGUCACUGGGACAUUGCAUCAGCAAACCUGAAGUGAACCUGGAGCAAGGAGCAGAGCCGUGGAUGGGAGAACUCCCAAAUGAGAGCAUCAAUGUGAAGAAAAUGGAUGAUUUAAUUGAGACUAACCAGGGAAGUCAAGAUAGCCAUUUCUGGCAAGAUGUAAUGAACACCAACAACAUGUUAACGGAGAAAAGAGAUGGGUUAGGAGACACUUUUUCUUUGAUCCCAAAUUGUAUUUCAGAUUUGAUUAUAAAUAAUGGAAAGUACUCACAAAUGACGCCUGAAGAGUUUAAUAUAUGUCAGAACUCUCAUCUCUCUUUUGAGCCUGAGGAGAUGCAUCCUGGAGAGAAAUCUGGUGAUGACUAUAACAUAACUGAGACAUUCCUCAGAUGUCCUGAACAUUUUGAUCAGCAUCAAGAGUGUACUCUCAAACAAAAUCAACAAAUACAAACAGAGAUGACAUCCUGUGACUAUCUUGAAUGUGAGAAAAACAUCAUUAGCAAAUUAGAUUUUCCAGUACAUCUGGGGACACAUACAGGGCAAAGACCCUACUCAUGUAACCAGUGUGAGAAAUCCUUCAGCUAUGGGUCAGACCUUACAGUCCAUUGGAAAACUCACACAGGUGAGAAUCCUUACAAAUGUACUGAAUAUGUUCAAUCAUUUUACCAAAAAUCCGACCUCAGAGACCCUCAGAGAAUUCACACAGGGGAGAAACUAUAUAAAUGUACUCAGUAUGGAACAACUUACAGCCGGGAGUCAAACCUCACACUAAAUGAGGCUGUCGACACUGUGGUGAAACUCUAUGAAUGUAAUCAAUGUGGAAAAACUUUUCGCCAGAAAUCACACCUCACUCGACAUGAGAAAAUCCACACUGGGGAGAAAUCCCAUGAAUGUAAUCAAUGUGGAAAAACCUUUGGCCAGAAGUCCAACCUCAGGAAUCAUCAGAGAACUCACACAGGGGAGAGACCCUAUGAAUGUAAGCAGUGUAGAAAAACCUUUUGCUGGAAGUCACAAUUGACAUAUCAUGAGGCUGUCCACACUGGGGAGAAACACUAUGAGUGUAAGCAGUGUGGGAAAACCUUUUAUCAGAAGUCAGGUCUCAGGAAACAUCGAAGAAUUCACACUGGGGUACCACCCUAUGAAUGUAAUGAAUGUGGAAAAUCCUUUGGCCAGAAGUUCAAUCUCAGGAAGCAUCAAAGACUUCAUAUAGGGGAGAGGCCCUACAAAUGUAAUCAGUGUGGAAAAACCUUUUUUUGGAAGUCACAACUGAGUCAACAUGAGGCUGUCCACACUAGAGAGAAACACUAUGAGUGUAAGCAGUGUGGAACAACCUUUUAUCAGAAGUCAGAUUUCAGGAAACAUGAAAGAAUUCACAUUGGGGAACCACCCUAUGAAUGUAACGAAUGUGGAAAAACCUUUGGCCAGAAGUUCAGUCUCAGGAAGCAUCAAAGACUUCAUACAGGGGAGAGGCCCUACAAAUGUAAUCAGUGUGGAAAAACCUUUUGUUGGAAAUCACAACUGAAUCAACAUGAGGUUGUCCACACUGGAGAGAAACACUAUGAGUGUAAGCAGUGUGGAAAAACCUUUUCCCGAAAGUCCAGUCUCAGAAAACAUCAGAAAACUCACACAAGUGAGAAAUCCUAUGAAUGUAAUGAAUGUGAGAAAACUUUUACCAGAAGUCCUACCUCAGGAAACAUCAAAGAAUUCACACAGGGGAGAAACCUUAUGGAUGCAAUCAAUGUGGAAAUCCCUUUUCCCAGAAGUCAGACCUCAGGAAGCAUCAAAGAAUUCAUACUGGGGAAGAACCCUAUGAAUGUAAUGAAUGUGGAAAAGCCUUUGCCCAGAAGUCAGACCUCAGGAUACAUUAGAGAAUUCACACAGGAGAGAAACCCUAUGAAUGUAAUCAAUGUGGGAAAACCUUGGCAGGAAGUCACAGCUGACUGGGAAGAAACCCUAUUAAUGUAA